CUGUAGGCCGGACCUCUCGCUGUGCCGAAUUCUCGCGAGAACGAUGUCUUAACGGUUUGACCUGUAGGGGUCCUCACUUUUCGUUAUGGCGCUGAAGGUGGUGAUAGCUGCUGGCGGUGCUGCAAGGGCAGGAUUCAAGCCAGCUCUCCUCUGCCGUCCUUGGGAGGUUCUAGGUGUCAAUGAGGCCCCCUGGAGAAGCAUUUCCUCACCUCCAUCUGCUAAGUAUGGUGGGCGGCAUACAGUGACUAUGAUCCCAGGGGAUGGCAUUGGUCCGGAGCUCAUGUUGCAUGUUAAAUCAGUAUUUAGGCAUGCAUGUGUACCAGUGGACUUUGAAGAGGUACAUGUGAGCUCCAACGCUGAUGAGGAAGAUAUCCGAAAUGCCAUCAUGGCCAUCCGCCGGAACCGUGUGGCCCUGAAGGGCAACAUCGAAACAAAUCAUAACCUGCCACCAUCCCACAAAUCCCGAAACAACAUCCUUCGUACCAGCCUAGACCUCUAUGCCAAUGUUAUCCACUGUAAGAGCCUGCCAGGAGUGGUGACCCGGCACAAGGACAUAGACAUUCUCAUUGUUCGGGAAAACACAGAGGGAGAGUACAGCAGCCUGGAGCAUGAGAGUGUAGCUGGAGUGGUGGAGAGCUUGAAGAUUAUCACCAAGGCCAAGUCCCUACGCAUUGCUGAAUAUGCUUUCAAGCUGGCUCAGGAGAGUGGGCGUAAGAAAGUGACGGCUGUGCACAAGGCCAACAUCAUGAAACUGGGUGAUGGGCUCUUCCUCCAGUGCUGCAGGGAGGUGGCAGCACGAUACCCACAGAUCACCUUUGACAGCAUGAUUGUGGACAACACAACAAUGCAGCUGGUAUCCAGGCCUCAGCAGUUUGAUGUCAUGGUGAUGCCUAAUCUCUAUGGUAACAUCGUCAACAAUGUCUGUGCAGGGCUAGUUGGAGGCCCCGGUCUUGUGGCUGGGGCCAACUAUGGCCAUGUGUAUGCAGUAUUUGAGACAGCUACAAGGAACACAGGCAAAAGUAUUGCCAAUAAGAACAUUGCUAACCCCACUGCCACACUGCUAGCAAGUUGCAUGAUGCUGGACCACCUCAAGCUCCACUCUUAUGCCACCUCCAUCCGCAAAGCUGUCUUAGCAUCCAUGGACAAUGAAAAUAUGCAUACUCCAGACAUUGGAGGCCAAGGUACCACAUCCCAAGCCAUCCAGGACAUCAUUCGUCACAUCCGCAUCAUUAACGGCCGGGCUGUGGAAGCUUAACAGCUUAACUAUCCUUGCAGUUAUCUCAACCUGUCAAUAGGACCCUCUUCUCACUCUAGCACUCCAGCUAGCUUGGUGGACAGGCUCCAGAAUAAAGCCACUUCUGCCCCACAA